UGGCUGACCUGGUUGCCAAGACGACGCCUGGGAAGAUGGCUGCGACGUCUUCACCGGAUUCUGACAGCGGGCGAGCUGAGAGCAACGAAGCCAAUUCGAAAUGGCUGGAUGCACACUACGACCCCAUGGCCAACAUCCAUACCUUCUCCUCCUGCCUGGCACUGGCAGAUUUGCAUGGCGACGGGGAGUACAAGCUGGUGGUGGGAGACCUUGGCCCAGGUGGGCAGCAGCCCCGCCUGAAGGUGCUCAAAGGACCCACAGUGCUGACAGAAAGCCCACUGCCUGCCCUGCCAGCCUCGGCUGCCACCUUCCUCAUGGACCAACAUGAGCCCAGGACACCUGCCUUAGCACUGGCUUCAGGACCUUGUGUCUAUGUUUAUAAGAACCUUCGACCCUACUUCAAGUUCAGCCUGCCCCAGUUACCUCCAAACCCUUUAGAACAAGACCUUUGGAACCAAGCCAAAGAGGACCGGAUUGACCCCUUAACCCUGAAGGAGAUGCUGGAGGACAUCAGGGAAAAGGCAGAGGUGCCUUUGUCUGUGCAGUCACUCAGGUUUCUGCAGCUGGAGCUGAAUGAAAUGGAGGCGUUUGUGAACCAGCACAAGUCCAAGGUUAUCAAGCGUCAGACAGUCAUCACCACCAUGACCACCCUGAAGAAGAACCUGGCAGAUGAGGAUGCAGUGUCCUGUCUGGUGCUAGGCACUGAGAACAAGGAGCUCCUAGUGCUAGACCCUGAAGCCUUCACCAUUUUGACCAAGAUGAGCCUGCCCAGUGUCCCUGUCUUCCUGGAGGUUUCUGGCCAGUUUGAUGUGGAGUUCCGAUUGACUGCUGCCUGCCGAGAUGGGAGCAUCUAUAUCCUGAGAAGAGACUCCAAACACCCCAAGUACUGCAUCGAGUUGAGUGCCCAGCCUGUGGGGCUGGUCCGGGUACACAAGAUCCUGGUGGUGGGCAGCACCCAAGAGAGUCUGCAUGGCUUCACCCACAAGGGUAAGAAGCUGUGGACGGUGCAGAUGCCUGCAGCCAUCCUGACCAUGAACCUUCUGGAGCAGCGAUCCCGAGGCCUGCAAGCUGUCAUGGCCGCUUUGGCCAAUGGGGAGGUCCGGAUUUACCGAGACAAGGCCCUGCUCAAUGUCGUCCGGGCCCCUGAUGCAGUAACCAGCCUGUGCUUUGGCCGAUAUGGACGAGAAGAUAACACCCUCAUCAUGACUACUAGAGGUGGGGGCCUGAUCAUCAAGAUCCUGAAGCGCACAGCAGUGUUUGUGGAAGGGACAGGCGAGGUGGGCCCACCGCUAGCACAGACAACAAAACUCAGUGUGCCCCGAAAGACCCGGCUGUAUGUGGAUCAGACCCUACGGGAGCGAGAAGCUGGCACAGCCAUGCACCGGACCUUCCAGACUGACCUCUACCUGCUGCGUCUGCGAGCUGCCAGAGCCUAUGUUCAGGCCCUGGAGUCCAGCCUGAGCCCCAUGUCAGCCACAGCUCGGGAGCCACUCAAGCUGCACGCUGUGGUUCAAGGCCUGGGCCCCACCUUUAAGCUCACACUGCACCUGCAGAAUACCUCAACGGCUCGGCCAGUACUGGGGCUACAGGUCUGCUUCCUGUACAACGAGGCAUUCUAUGCCCUGCCUCGGGCCUUCUUUAAGGUUCCCCUGCUGGUGCCAGGACUCAGUUACCCACUGGAGACCUUUGUAGAGAGCCUCAGCAGCAAGGGCAUCUCAGACAUAAUCAAGGUGCUCGUGCUCCGGGAAGGCCAGAGUGCACCCCUGCUGAGUGCCCACAUCAACAUGCCUGUGAGUGAAGGUCUGGCAGCUGCCUGAGCCCUGGGCCAGCAUUCAAGCCUCCACAAGAUGAAGCCAGUCAGAUCCAGUGACUUCCAGUGUCACCAGACUACUUCCCCCAACAGCAGUGUAGUGAGGCAUCAGCUCCCUGUCCCUCUCAGACAGUCCCUUGCUCCCCACCUCGGCAAGUGGGCCUGAGCAACAAGACUGGAGUGUUCAGUCAGGUCCUCCUCCCUCAGAACCCACCCAAUUACUGUCCCUUAGUUCCAUGCCUACCACUCUCCCCAGCUCUUGAAAGACACCUCCCCAGGUCCCAGGACGA